AUGUGCGGCAUCCAUGCUGCCAUAUCAGUAGAUGCAAACUAUCACAAACUAUCCCCAGGACUCGAACAAAGGCUUCGGAACCGCGGCCCUGACCAUCUUGGGGCUGUGAAGACGCAGCUCCGUCGAGAUGAUGCGAGCUCCCUCUACCUGACUCUGACCUCUACGGUUCUAUCCCUGCGCGGAGACCACGUUGCGAGGCAGCCGCUGGUUGACGAGGAGUCCGGAUCCGUCCUCUGCUGGAAUGGCGAAGCCUGGAAGCUUGGUGGCAAACCCGUCGAGGGUAAUGACGGCGAAGCCAUCCUGUCCAUGUUGAUAGCUGCGAGCAGCAACAACUCAGGCGACAAGGACAGUAUCCUUGACGCGCUGCGAUCUAUUGAGGGCCCAUUUGCAUUCAUUUUCCUGGAUAAGAAAGCGAAACGCCUGUACUAUGGACGCGAUCGCCUUGGGCGUCGAUCCUUGCUGUUGAAGAGAGAAGAAGACUUUCUUCUCUCGAGCAUAGCAGAAGCACCCGCUGUGGGAUGGGCCGAAGUCGAAGCAGACGGCUGUUAUGCCAUUGAGCUUAGUGAAACUGGCUUACCGAAAGAUAUGAUGCCUGUGAGACAUGACUGGGAUCAGACUGAAGCUUUAGUGUCAAGUAUUGGCGUAUUUAACGCUUCCAUUCCUACGGCAGCGACUACUCCGUUAAGUGGCCAGUCUCUCUCUGUAGAGCAAUUGCGAGACCAUUUGGCGGAGUCGCUCCGACUAAGAGUUCUGAGUGUUCCAUUACCCCCAAUGGCGGGACCUUCGGACGCGCGAGUUGCCGUACUAUUUUCAGGAGGCCUAGAUUGCACAGUUCUUGCUCGAAUUGCCAGCGAUAUAAUCCCAACCGGGCAAGCUAUUGACUUGAUUAAUGUUGCAUUUGAGAACCCUAGAAUCGCUUCGCAAAACAAAACUUUAUCCGCUGCCGAGCUAUAUGAGCUAUGCCCUGACAGAAUGACUGGAAGAAAGUCGUUUGCGGAGUUGUUGGCGGUCUGCCUAGACAGACCGUGGCGAUUUGUAACUGUGAAUGUUCCCUAUGAGGAGACUUCUGCCCAUCGAGCAGAGUUGAUAGAUCUCAUAUACCCCCACAACACUGAGAUGGAUCUCUCUAUUGCUUGUGCUUUGUACUUUGCUGCACGAGGCAAAGGGAUGGGGCAGUUGGCCGCAGGAUCAGAGGCAGAGCCAUAUAGCACAACAGCUCGAGUGUUGCUAUCGGGGCUUGGUGCCGAUGAAUUAUUUGGCGGAUAUGUCCGACAUGCUACUGCUUUUACACGAAGCGGAUAUACGGGCCUUAUAGACGAAUUAAAACUGGAUGUGAGUCGGCUAGGUAAGAGAAACCUAGGGCGAGACGACAGAGUCAUGUCUCAUUGGAGUAGAGAGGUGCGGUUUCCAUACUUGGAUGAAAGCCUUGUGAAAUGGGCGAUCGAGCUACCUGCAUGGGAGAAGUGUGACUUUGAUCACCAGAGCUCGAGCUGUGAUUUUGAUCCAGAGAAAAGGGUGCUUCGUCUCUUGGCAGAUUCACUAGGCAUGCGCUCUGUGGCUGCGGAGAAGAAACGAGCGAUUCAAUUUGGAGCGCGAACUGCCAAAAUGGAGAGUGGCAAAGUCAAGGGCACCACGCUGCUCCUCCCAUGA